AUGUUCGCAAAAUACGAGACAUACAAGGCGACUUUAAAGAAAAUCCCCGCCACGCGGCUCUCGCGGCUGACGGAGGCGCUUGCAAACUACGACCCGGUGCUGAACGAAUACUUCUUCGACCGCCACCCCGGCGUUUUCGCGCAGGUGCUCAAUUAUUACAGGACCGGGAAACUGCAUUACCCGACCAAUGUGUGCGGACCACUAUUCGAGGAGGAGCUGGAGUUUUGGGGGCUUGACUCCAACCAGGUGGAGCCGUGCUGCUGGUCCACGUACAGCAUACACAGGGAUACGCAGACAUUAAAUAUUGACUCUCCGGAGAUCAAAAACAACGUUACGGAACCCUCCGUCACUAAAGGAAAAUUCCUCAAUAAGAAGAGAAAUCUUUGGGAA